AUGCAUAGUCUCUUGGAGCAGAGCCCCGGCGAGUCCUCGAAAGAGCUACCCAAAUGGGUCCUCGCAGAGGGCCCCUCGCCCCAGCACGGGUUGACUCGGCCAGACAAAAACCCCGACAGGGGACAGGCGUCGGAGUACCCGCCAGGGCUCACUCGUGUCAGCAACCACGUCGAAGCGUCGGUUCCUGCCACCGCGUCCGCCUCUGCCGCCGACAAGCCGAGCCGGACCAUUCGCCGGCGAGCGCUCAAGCAGCGGGCCGCGCAGGCGAAGCGGGCGGCGGCGGAGAAGCCCAAGCCCAAGCCCAAGCCGAGGCGGGCCGAGUCCAGCCGGUCGGGCAGCCUCCCCGUGCUUCACGAGGACCAGCACGUCAUCGCCGUCGACAAGCCCGCGGGAAUGCUGAGCCACGCGUCGGAAGGCGACUCGAGCGCGAGCCUCGUCGAUGCCCUCGCCGGCCGGCAGGUCGUCGCUGGCCACUCGCCUCUCUCGGAGGAGAUGCUGAUGCCGCGACUCGCGCCGACCGGCGAGCCCGACUCGCACAUCCCGCGCUGCGUCGUCCACCGGCUUGACCGAGGCACGUCCGGCGCGCUGCUGCUCGCAAAGACGCCGCAGGCCGAGGCCGCCCUGGGCGCGGCCUUCCGCUCCCGCACCACGGCCAAGCG